AUGGUCUGUUGCAUGAACAACGCUAUUAGAUCUCGGGUCAAAGACGAACUGCGAGGUAGCCAAGCUCUUCAAGCUUUUUCGGAAUUCCAAAUCCACGGAAUUCCACAUCCUCUGGAACAGCGAACCCCAGCACAAGCACUAGCGAGAACAAGCUCUCCCAGCAUUCUCCCAGAAAGCUCAAAUACAGAGUUCCUGUAUGACAACGAUGUUUAUUCUCACUCGGCUUCGCUGAAAAUAGGACGAAGCCUACUGCGCUGCCGACAUGCUGGAGAACUCGAAUACUGGGCCACGGGUGGAAUUUUCCUACUAGUCAACGGCAACCACUAUCAGUUGACUUCGGAGCAUGAGUGUGAUAGUCCCUCCGCGGAAGGGAAGAUCACAUCACACUUCGACCUAGACACCGACACGCUUUCCGUAAAUGGAAGCGACGAUGAAGAUUAUGGCCAGUUGGAUAAUGAGGAGACGUUGCAAUCCAACUUUGACAUUCUGAGCCAAGGGAGCAUCACACCUACAUCUCGCUUUUCACGAAGCUCGAUUUCACUUGCUCAAUCCGCCGACUCUUACUGGGACGAAGAAUCUGCGGGCGGUGAACUUGUCUUGAGUCACGACGAUAGGGUUUCACGUCCCUUGAAUGCUGAUACCGCUUCUACCCCCGAUAAGCUCAGUAUCCCUCUUCAUACCAACCACGCAUCUCAGUUUCACAACACCUUAGAUGGCCCGACUUAUCCACAACCUCCAAUCCGAAUAGGCUUCAUCGCCUUUCGGGCCAGUGAAGGCUCUCGUCAUGAACUUGAUUACGUCUUAGUUUCGACUCCUGCACCCAUCGUGUCUGACUUCUCUAACAGAGUUGUUGUACCCCACGGAUACGGAUACAGAUGUGUCAAUGUUUGUGACGUGGCAUCGGCCGGUCUUGAAACGAAGGAAGUCUUUCUGAUAGGGGACGCCAAUGUAGUCCGCAAAGGCUUCCUUGUACCUGGUACUACUCUGUUCCAGAACCCAAACUUCAACACAAUUCAAAGGCUGCAGAUUGUGCAGCUUUAUGAGGGUGAAUUCACUCAGGGUGACUCCGGUACAGCUGUCAUAGACCAACAAUCGGGUGUCUUCUACGGCCACGUCAUUAGAGGAUGCCCGGGUAGCGAAACAGGCUACAUUGUUCCAGCCGCCGAAACCUUCCAAGAUCUAUCGUCUAUGGGAUUAUUUCCUAAACUGAAAUUCGAGAACAUAAAUGUUCAGAAUCACAAUCGACAGAAUAACACACAUCAGGCAUUAGCACACGGCUUCAAGGCCAGAGUCACGAUGAGAAAUGCAUCAACUCAGACAGAGUGGCGGCUACUGCCGACACCUCCGAAAUCUAACAUGAGCCGUGUUCCCAUCAGUAUAAGCCAUUCACCCUCAGACUCCGUUAUGCUGAUGGAAGAGCUUGCCCGAGUGGGCGAUGGCAUUGAUGAUGAUAUCUGGGCCUCGUUUUUUGAACAUCUGGAUGGAUCAAAGGGGGUACAGGAAGCAAGACACUUCGCCUCGGCCAAAAGUUAUGAGCGCCGACCACCUGCUUAG